CGCCGCCCCGGUGGGACCGGGGGUCUUUCUUGACAGGGAGAGCGACGCUCCGCCUCUGCCCGGCCGUAACGGUGGGACCAAGACUCGUCCCGGCGCGCAGCUGGCUGGGCGCUUUCGCGCAGCGGCGGGGCCGGCUUCAAGCGCCCUCCUCGCAGGGGCGAGCGUGCCCCCCGCCCCCUCGUACACCCCUCCUGCGGGGGCUGAUGGUUCACAAACGUAGCUCGUCCCCGGCUGACGUUCCCGCAGACGGGAGCCUGGCGGUGGAGCAGCCCAGCCCUGCAAAGUGCCAGCUCCCACGCUGGUCAGCGGCAGCGGAGGCGUUCGGCAUUAACCAUCGCGGCGGGAUGCUGCCCCUGCGCCCCGCGCUGCUGACCAAGCGCUAUCGCGGUGGCUCGGCUUCGCGCUCGCGGCCGGGCCGCGCGGCAGCCAGGGCGGCGGCGGCGGCGGGAGGAGGGCGCGGCAGCGGGGCCCUGGCCUUGGGCCCACGCGGCGGCGUUGGCGGGGUGGGCCGGGUGUCGGGCCGGCGGCGCGGGCCGGGGUCGCCGCGGGCUGCCCGGAGGGGGGCGGAGCAGGAGCUGCACGAGCCGCCGCGCUCGUGCGCGAGCUGGCCGGUAGGGGCCGUUGCCACCCCCCGCAGGGGGAGGGGGGGCGGAGCCGGGCGCGGCGCGAGGCCGGGUCGCGCGGCAGCCGCGCUGCUCCUCUCCCAGCCGGCCGCGGCCCCCGCGGUGGCCAUGGCGGCCGUCCUGUCCCCGCGCCUCUGCGACAGCGACCCGGCCACGCCCGGCACCCAGUCUUUAAAGGAUGACACAGAAGAAAAUUCCAAUGAUGGCAGCCAGCCAUCCAAAAGACGACGUAUGGGCUCAGGGGACAGUUCUCGGAGCUGUGAAACUUCUAGUCAAGACCUUGCGUACAGCUAUUUUCCUGCUGAAAACUUGAUAGAAUACAAGUGGCCACCAGAUGAAACAGGGGAAUACUAUAUGCUUCAGGAACAAGUCAGUGAAUAUUUGGGUGUCACUUCCUUUAAAAGAAAAUAUCCAGAUUUAGAAAGACGAGAUCUAUCUCACAAGGAGAAGCUCUACCUCAGAGAACUAAAUGUUAUCACAGAGACUCAGUGCACAUUAGGUCUAACAGCCUUGCGUAGUGAUGAAGUAAUUGAUCUUAUGAUUAAAGAAUACCCUGCCAAACAUGCUGAGUAUUCUGUUAUACUGCAAGAGAAAGAACGUCAGCGAAUAACAGAUCAUUAUAAAGAGUACUCUCAAAUGCAGCAGCAGAACACACAGAAAGUAGAAGCCAGUAAAGUUCCAGAAUAUAUUAAAAAAGCUGCCAAGAAAGCUGCAGAAUUCAACAGCAAUUUAAACCGAGAACGAAUGGAAGAAAGAAGAGCUUACUUUGACUUACAGACACAUAUUAUCCAGGUGCCUCAAGGAAAGUACAAAAUCUUACCUACAGAGAGAACAAAGGUCAGUCCUUAUCCGGUGGCUCUCAUACCCGGCCAGUUCCAGGAGUACUACAAAAGGUACUCUCCAGAUGAACUUCGUUACUUGCCAUUAAACACAGCUCUUUAUGAACCUCCUUUGGAUCCAGAGCUGCCUGCGUUAGACAGUGAUGGAGAUUCAGAUGAUGCAGACGAAGGACGAGGUGAUGAAAAACGGAAAACAAAAGGCAGUUCGCCAAAGGUCAUUCCAAAUGCUAUAUGUGGAAUUUGUCUGAAGGGUAAGGAGUCCAACAAGAAAGGAAAAGCUGAAGCUCUUAUACAUUGCUCCCAGUGUGACAACAGCGGCCACCCUUCUUGCCUUGAUAUGACCCCGGAGCUUGUUGCUAUGAUUAAGACUUACCCUUGGCAAUGUAUGGAGUGUAAAACAUGCAUUAUAUGUGGGCAGCCUCACCAUGAAGAAGAAAUGAUGUUCUGUGAUGUAUGUGACCGUGGUUAUCACACUUUCUGUGUGGGGCUUGAUGCUAUCCCUUCAGGUCGCUGGAUUUGUGAUUGUUGUCAGAAAGACCCUCCCGUACCCAGAAGAGGAGGAAGAAGGGGGAAAAACAGCAAGGAGGGCUAAAACCUCCCAAAAAUUUGCUGUCCAAAACUUAACUGCACAAAUUAAAGUGAUACUUUGGUGCUAUUUAACCAACCACUAGUCUAAGAGGAACAAUACCACUUUCUUUUUUUCCCUUUCUUUUUACCAAAUAAAAUUUUCAUUUUGGCUAUAUAAUUAUUAUUUUUUUGUUGUUGUUGUGGUACAAGUCACUAAUCAUGUCCUGCCAGCUGUCUAGACAGGCCAGAUUCCCACUCAAAAAGUGAAGGCUUUCAGUACUGCAAUUUAAUUUGUACAAGCAGUGUUUGUAUAAAAUACUAGUAACAUUCCUAUUUCAGUGCACUGAUCAGUAAGCUCUGUGAAAAGUAAAUUACAGAGCAAUUUGAAUAUACACUAAUUGCAUAGCAACUGGUUAUUCUGAGAGACUCAACCAAAGAAAAAAUUACUCCAGAAAAAAACCUAACUUUGAAGGAAGUGUAGGCAUGACCUGACCUUACACUGUACUGCAAACUCCUUUUCUUUGCAAGUCACUGACUUAUUAAAAUGUAUUACAAAAUCAGUCAAAAAAUCCAUAGAGGUAUUAAGAAAAUACCUCUCAAGUUUAAGAUACUGCACGUUGCCUUGCUUUUAAUGAGGAACUAAAAUGCCUUACUGAUGAGUAACAACAGCUGUCUUAUGAUGAGUAACAAACAACAGCUGAAGGCUUUACUCUCCCUGCAGUAAUAGUGGAGAAGUAACAUGCACUUG